GGGAAUACGUGGAGGGGGUCAGCGACCAAGACGUGAUCCUGAUCCAUUCCUGCCGACAAUGGACGACGGUGACGGCUCACAGCCUGGAGGAGGGACACUAUGUCAUCGGGCCCAAGAUAGAUAUCCCGCUGCAGUAUCCAGGGAAGUUUAAGCUCCUGGAUCAGGACCGGGAUGUGCGGGAGCCGGUGCAGUAUUUCAGCAGCGUGGAGGAGGUGGCGAGCGUCUUCCCGGACCGAGUCUUUGUGAUGGAGGCGAUCACAUUCAGCGUCAAGGUGGUCUCGGGGGAGUUCAGCGAGGACAGCGAGGUUUACAACUUCACCCUUCAUACAGGGGAUGAGUUAACCCUAAUGGGCCAGGCAGAGAUCCUCUGCGCCAAGACGGUCAAGGAGAAGUCUCGCUUGAACACCAUCUUGAGAAAAUUGGGCAAAACCGCCACCCUGGGCAAACAGGUGAAGGGUAAAAUGCCCUGUCUCAUCUGCAUGAACCACCGCACCAAUGAGAGUCUGAGCCUUCCCUUCCAAUGCAAGGGCAGCUUCAGCACCCGCAGCCCCCUAGAGCUACAAAUGCAGGAAGGGGAACAUACCAUCAGAAGCAUUAUUGAGAAGGUGCGGCUGCCCGUCAAUGUGGUGGUCCCCACGCGUCCUCCUCGUAACCCUUAUGACCUACACAUUAUCCGUGAAGGUCACCGCUAUAAGCUGGUCAGUAUUAUUUCUAAGACUGUGGUUCUGUGUUGUCUUCUACGUAAGGAGGAGGUGAACCCCUUCCACUUCCUGCUGCUGACGGACAUGCCUCGAUUCUCCCUCCCUGAGGGUCUUCUCUGUGGGGACCCCCAUUUCGACAAGUUGGUGAGAGACUGUGCCUAUUACUGCCAAGAGCAAAGGUUCAACCCCGAUGAGUAUUCCAAGGCUGUCCGGGAGACCAAGACGGACUUUGCAGAGGAGUGCGCCAGUCCGAGGAAAAUCCGUGUCUGCUUACAAGGCUUCUCGGCCGGAUCCAUCAAUUACACCCGGGAGGAGCUCAGUCAGGGUCUCCAGCGUCUUUCCUUGUGCGUCUACAGUGGGACCAUCCCAUCGGACGCAAGCCCCCAGGAAUGCCGGGAUAUUUCUAGCCAAGUGUUGGGAUCUUCUUCGGAUAACUCAGACCUAGACAGAGAAUACAUGACCCCGGAUUGGGUGGAACAGGAUUUUAGGACUCAGGAACAAUUAGAGAUCCCUUAUGAAGAACUUUGGACGAACCAGAAUGUUGAGAACUAUUCGGAGCCCAGCAGCAAGCCCAUGGGCUUAGAAAGUGGCAACAAAACUCAACAAGACCUCAUCUGUUUUGCCAUGUCUCCUUCUCCCUUCGAGGGGAAGUCAUGUUCACCUCCUCCUCCGGCCUUAACUAUUGAAGAAGCAAAAACGGACACACCGCCACCAGUGCCGCCCAAAUCAGAUGCGCAGUGGUAUAGAGCGAGAUGUAUGGGAUCAAGGAGUUCUGGACCUACGGAUUACAGGGUGAGGGAGGAAUGUCGUCUGCUCAAUGCCCCUCCUGUUCCUCCUCGUGGUGGCAGAUACUUCUCCUCAUCCUCCAGCCCACCAGUCCCACCGCGUCUCCCGAAAUCUCAGCUCACGCAGACCCACUCCCCCAGCCCGGGCCUGUCCUACUACUCUUCUGGGCUCAAUGACAUAUCAGGGAACCGCAGUGGGAGCUGCUCCCCCUCGCCGGACUCCUACUCCUUAUACUGCUACCCUUGUACAUGGGGAGACUGCAAGUCUGGAGACGCUUCUGCCCGUCAGAUGUCAAACAGCAUGGCCUCCACCGCUCAGCCAACGCAGACAUCUUGGUCAGAUUCUUGGGCCUAUGCAGACACUGGACCUAGCGUGGCCAGUGGUCGCUCUACUCCUCUUCUGAGCACAGACACCAUCAAGACCUACUACAGUUGUCCCAGGUUGAAGCCACCACACACCCAAAAACGCUUUGCCCCAUUCGGAGCCUUGAAUCCAUUCGCCAACCCGGCUUUUGCCUCCACUCCCUCGUCUUCUGGGGAAUGGCUAGACCAGACGGAGCAUCCAAAAUCAUCUUCCUCUUCCGUCUCCGAUGUCCUUGACCCCUUUGAGGUUAGUAAUAGUCAAAGCACCUCCCCGGAUUCGUCCUCCAUUGGAUCGGAGAUACGUUUCUUGCCAGAGUCCGUGUUCAAAAGCGGUGGAGGAGGAGGAACUGGGACAUGUCCUCCUCCUCCGCCCAGGCCGGCCAAAGGAUUCGAGACAGAGAAUUUUGUAAUCCGAAGCACAACCCCGUUAUCACCAACUAUCGUGAGAGGGGCGGAAGGAGGCAUCACUAGAGUGUAUCUUACUCAAGGGGUCAUAGAGGUGCCACCGAUGUCCUCCAGAAGUACCAUAGAUGCAUCUUCUCCUCACACACCAGGGGUUCCCCGGGGGCUGGCGGGAGACCCCAUUGCAUGGCACCCCCCUCCCGAUCUCUCAGCCCUGUCUGUCGAGGAGGUCUCGAGGUGCCUCAGGUUCAUCGGCCUUUCAGAAGACGUCGUGACCUUCUUUGUGAGAGAACGUAUAGACGGCAGCAUCUUCGUCCAGCUGACCGAGGAGAUCCUCUCCGACGACUUCAAGCUGACCAAGCUCCAAGUGAAAAAGAUUAUGCAAUUUAUAAAAGGUUGGAGGCCGAAGAUCUAAACGAUUCGAGGCUGCCGCCCUGGACCUCCACCUGACCGAAGACUGUAACGGUUAAGCAAGACGAGCCCGGGCCAUAGACUCAAGGGUGUAUUUUUUAUCAAUGAUUGAACUUCCUCGAAUGCUCCUUAUUUUGUUGGACGCUCGUUUUUAAUUCUGACUAGAUCCUUUUUGACGGUUCACAUAGCACAAUUUGCACAAAAAAAUAAAUAUAACACAAAAAAGGUCACAUGAGCCGCUAAAAAGUUUAAUAUGGAGGCUGCGUAUUAAAUAUUAA